GCCCGCCCAUUGGUGGAGGCACUUUUGGAGGCACCCUCGGGCCAGGGAAACUUUUGCCAUAUAAAUAGGGCAGAUCCGGGCUUUAUUAUUUUAGCACCACGGCGGCAGGAGGUUUCUGCUAAGUUGGAGGCACUGGCCGCUACUGCAUGCCUGCGCCCGCCAGGUGAUACCUCCGUCGGUGACCCAGGGGCUGUGCGACACAAGGAGUCUGCAUGUCUAAGUGGUAGACAUGCUCAGCUUUGUGGAUACGCGGACUUUGCUGCUGCUUGCAGUAACGUCGUGCCUAGCAACAUGCCAAUCUUUACAAGAGGAAACUGUAAGAAAGGGCCCACCUGGAGAUAGAGGACCACGUGGAGAAAGGGGUCCGGCAGGCCCACCAGGCAGAGACGGCAGUGAUGGUUCCCCAGGCCCUGCUGGCCCUCCAGGCCCUCCUGGGCCCCCUGGUCUCGGUGGGAACUUUGCUGCUCAAUAUGAUGGAAAAGGAGUGGGACUUGGCCCUGGACCAAUGGGCUUAAUGGGACCCAGAGGCCCUCCAGGUGCAAGUGGAGCUCCUGGCCCUCAAGGUUUCCAAGGACCUGCUGGUGAGCCUGGUGAACCUGGUCAAACUGGUCCUGCUGGUGCUCGAGGUCCAGCUGGCCCUCCUGGCAAGGCUGGGGAUGAUGGUCACCCUGGAAAACCUGGACGACCUGGUGAGAGAGGAGUCGUUGGCCCACAGGGUGCUCGUGGUUUCCCUGGGACCCCUGGACUCCCUGGCUUCAAGGGCAUUAGGGGAUACAACGGUCUGGAUGGAUUGAAGGGACAGCCUGGGGCUCCAGGUGUGAAGGGUGAACCUGGUGCCCCUGGUGAAAAUGGAACUCCAGGUCAAACAGGAGCCCGUGGGCUUCCUGGUGAGAGAGGACGCGUUGGUGCCCCUGGUCCAGCUGGAUCCCGUGGAAGUGAUGGAAGUGUGGGUCCUGUGGGUCCUGCUGGUCCCAUUGGUUCCGCUGGUCCCCCAGGCUUCCCAGGUGCCCCUGGCCCCAAGGGUGAACUUGGACCUGUUGGUAACACUGGUCCCUCUGGCCCUGCCGGUCCCCGUGGUGAACAGGGUCUUCCAGGUGUUUCUGGCCCUGUAGGACCUCCUGGCAACCCUGGAGCCAAUGGCCUGACUGGCGCUAAGGGUGCUGCUGGCCUGCCCGGUGUUGCCGGGGCCCCCGGCCUCCCUGGACCCCGUGGUAUUCCUGGCCCUGUUGGUGCUUCCGGUGCUACUGGUGCCAGAGGACUUGUUGGUGAACCUGGCCCAGCUGGCUCUAAAGGAGAGAGUGGUGGCAAGGGUGAGCCUGGUUCUGCUGGGCCCCAAGGUCCUCCUGGCUCCAGUGGUGAAGAAGGAAAGAGAGGCCCCAGUGGUGAAUCUGGAUCCACCGGCCCCACAGGCCCUCCUGGGCUGAGAGGUGGUCCUGGUUCUCGGGGUCUCCCUGGAGCUGAUGGCAGAGCUGGUGUCAUUGGCCCUGCUGGUGCCCGUGGUGCAAGUGGUCCUGCUGGUGUCCGAGGCCCCAGCGGAGACACUGGUCGCCCUGGGGAGCCUGGUCUCAUGGGAGCCAGAGGCCUUCCCGGAUCCCCUGGAAAUGUUGGCCCAGCUGGUAAAGAAGGUCCUGCGGGCCUUCCUGGUAUUGACGGCAGGCCUGGCCCCAUUGGCCCAGCUGGAGCAAGAGGAGAGGCUGGCAACAUCGGAUUCCCUGGACCCAAAGGACCCGCUGGUGAUCCUGGCAAAGGUGGAGAGAAAGGUCAUGCCGGUCUUGCUGGUAACCGGGGUGCGCCAGGUCCUGAUGGAAACAAUGGUGCUCAGGGACCUCCUGGACUACAAGGUGUCCAAGGUGGGAAAGGUGAACAGGGUCCUGCCGGUCCUCCAGGCUUCCAGGGUCUGCCUGGCCCCGCAGGCACAACUGGCGAAGCAGGCAAACCAGGAGAAAGAGGUAUCCCUGGUGAAUUUGGUCUCCCUGGUCCUGCCGGUCCAAGAGGAGAGCGUGGUCCCCCAGGCGAGAGUGGAGCUGUUGGUCCUUCUGGCGCCAUUGGAAGCCGAGGUCCUUCUGGACCCCCAGGGCCUGAUGGAAACAAGGGUGAACCUGGUGUAGUCGGCGCUCCGGGCACUGCUGGUCCAGCUGGUUCUGGUGGACUCCCAGGAGAGAGGGGAGCUGCUGGUAUACCUGGAGGCAAGGGGGAGAAGGGUGAAACCGGUCUCAGAGGUGAAGUUGGUACCACAGGCAGAGAUGGUGCUCGUGGUGCUCCUGGUGCUGUGGGUGCCCCUGGUCCUGCUGGAGCCACUGGUGACCGGGGUGAAGCUGGUGCUGCUGGCCCCGCCGGUCCUGCUGGCCCUCGCGGUAGCCCUGGUGAACGUGGUGAGGUUGGUCCUGCUGGCCCCAACGGAUUUGCUGGUCCUGCUGGUGCUGCUGGUCAACCUGGUGCUAAAGGAGAGAGAGGAACCAAAGGACCUAAGGGCGAAAAUGGUAUCGUUGGCCCCACGGGCCCCGUUGGAUCUGCUGGUCCAGCUGGUCCAAAUGGCCCUGCAGGUCCUGCUGGAAGUCGUGGUGAUGGUGGCCCUCCUGGUGUUACUGGUUUUCCUGGUGCUGCUGGGCGGACUGGCCCUCCUGGACCCUCUGGUAUCACUGGCCCUCCUGGUCCUUCUGGUGCUGCUGGUAAAGAAGGGCUCCGUGGUCCUCGUGGUGACCAAGGUCCAAUUGGGCGAGCUGGAGAAACAGGUGCAGGUGGCCCCCCUGGCUUUACUGGUGAGAAGGGUCCCUCCGGAGAACCUGGUACUGCUGGACCUCCUGGCACUGCAGGUCCUCAGGGUCUUCUAGGGGCUCCCGGUAUCCUGGGUCUCCCAGGCUCUCGAGGUGAACGUGGUCUACCAGGUGUUGCUGGAGCUGUGGGUGAGCCUGGCCCUCUUGGCAUCCAAGGUCCUCCUGGGGCCCGUGGUCCCUCUGGUGCUGUGGGUGGCCCUGGAGUCAACGGUGCUCCUGGUGAGGCUGGCCGAGAUGGCAACCCUGGGAGUGAUGGCCCUCCCGGCCGUGAUGGUCUCCCUGGACACAAGGGAGAGCGUGGCUAUGCUGGCAACCCUGGUCCCGUUGGCGCUGCAGGUGCCCCUGGUCCGCAUGGCGCUGUGGGUCCUGCUGGCAAACACGGAAACCGUGGUGAACCUGGUCCUGUCGGUUCUGCUGGUCCCGUUGGUGCCAUUGGUCCAAGAGGUCCUAGUGGCCCACAAGGUAUUCGAGGUGACAAGGGAGAGGCUGGUGACAAGGGGCCCCGAGGUCUUCCUGGCUUAAAGGGACACAACGGAUUGCAGGGUCUCCCCGGUCUCGCUGGUCAGCAUGGUGAUCAAGGUGCUCCUGGCGCUGUGGGACCCGCUGGUCCUCGGGGCCCUGCUGGUCCUUCUGGCCCUCCUGGCAAAGACGGUCGCACUGGACAUCCUGGUGCAGUUGGACCUGCUGGCAUCCGUGGCUCGCAGGGUAGCCAAGGUCCUAGCGGCCCUCCUGGUCCCCCCGGACCCCCUGGCCCUCCUGGUGCAAGUGGUGGCGGUUACGACUUUGGUUAUGAAGGAGACUUCUACAGGGCUGACCAGCCUCGCUCACCACCUUCCCUCAGACCCAAGGAUUAUGAAGUUGAUGCUACUCUGAAAUCCCUCAACAACCAAAUCGAGACCCUUCUUACUCCUGAGGGCUCUAGGAAAAACCCCGCUCGCACCUGCCGUGACCUGAGGCUCAGCCACCCAGAGUGGAACAGCGGUUAUUACUGGAUUGACCCUAACCAAGGAUGUACUAUGGAUGCCAUCAAAGUAUACUGUGAUUUCUCUACCGGUGAAACCUGCAUUCGGGCCCAACCUGAGAGCAUCUCAGCCAAGAGCUGGUACAGAAACUCCAAGGUCAAGAAGCACGUCUGGCUGGGAGAAACUAUCAAUGGUGGAACCCAGUUUGAAUAUAAUGAAGAAGGAGUGACCCCCAAGGAAAUGGCUACCCAACUUGCCUUCAUGCGCCUGCUGGCUAACCAUGCCUCUCAAAACAUCACCUACCACUGCAAGAACAGCAUUGCAUACAUGGAUGAGGAGACUGGCGACCUGAAAAAGGCUGUCAUCCUGCAGGGCUCUAAUGAUGUUGAACUUGUUGCUGAGGGCAACAGCAGGUUCACUUACACUGUUCUCGUAGAUGGCUGCUCUAGAAAGACAGAUGAGUGGAGAAAGACAAUCUUCGAGUACAAAACAAAUAAGCCAUCUCGCCUGCCCAUCCUCGAUAUUGCACCUUUGGACAUCGGUGGUGCUGACCAAGAAAUCAGAUUGGACAUUGGCCCUGUCUGUUUCAAAUAAAUGAACUCAAACUAAAUUUAAAAAAAAAAAAGAAUUCUGAACAAACUUUCUCUCUUUGCCAUUUCUUCUUCUUUUCUUAACUGAAAGCUGAAUCCUUCCAUUUCUUCUGCAGAUCUACUUGCUUAAAUUGUGGGCAAAAGAGAAGGAGAAGGAUUGAUCAGAGCAUUGUGCAAUACGUUUCAAUAAACUCCCUCCCUUCUUCCCCCUCCCCCAGAGAUUUGGAAUUUUUGAAAAAUGUCAACAUUUGUAAGAAAACCAAAAUAAAAAUUAAAAAUGAAAUAAAAAACCAUGAACAUUUGCACCACUUGUGGCUUCUGAAUCUCUUCCACAGAGGGAAGUUUAAAUCCCAAACUUCCAAAGGUUUAAACUACCUCAAAACACUUUCCUGUGAGUGUGAUCCACAUCAUUAGGUGCUGACCUAGCCAGAGAUGAACUGAGGUACUUGUUUUGUUUUGUUCAUAAUGCAAAGGUGCUAAUUAAUAGUAUUUCAGAUACUUGAAUGUUGAUGGUGCUAGAAGAAUUUGAGAAGAAAUACUCUAUGUUGAGUUGUAUUGUUUUUCCCCCAUUUGAUUUAACAUCAGUAAUUUCCACCUUAUCCCCAAUUAAAAGUGUGUGGAUCAUUUGCCCAGCAUGUCCUCUUUAGAUUCAGCAUUUGUUCUUUGCCAGUCUCAUUUCCAUCCUCUCCCAUGGUUCCAAAGAAGCCUUGUUUCUUGAACAAGCAGAAAAAUUAAAUUGUACCUAUUUUGUAUAUGUGAGAUGUUUAAAUAAAUUGUGAAAAAA